UGAUAUAACAACAACACAGGGGGAGUUGCCUGGUCAUCCGUUAGUUUUGACAGAGCUUAAGUAAAUUUAUGAAGGGAGGUAAUCAAUGCCUGCCCUAAUGACUUACCAGGUGUAUAAUGUGCCAAUAGUCCCGGCGGACUUGCGUCGAGAAGAGACAGUCCGCCAAAUUGCUGAUGCGCUCGAUUACCUGGACAAAGUCUCCAAUGAUGUUUUUUCAAAAAUCAAUAAGCGAGUGUCUGAGAACAAAGCCAAACUUCAGAAGCUUGAUGACAGAGUGGCACUGGCUCAGGCAAAAGUGGACAAACUUAAAGGCAGCAACAAAGCCACAAAAGUAUUUGCAAGUGCUAAGUUCCCAGCUGUAGAAGAUUUGGAAUUUUACCACUCUGUAUUUGAAAGUAGCAGAGAUUCAAACAUUCAGAAGCCAAAGCGAUCUAAUUACCAUAUUCAGUCCAAGCAUCAAACUGUUGAUAGCAGGAUAUUGAGGGAUAAGUUACAGUAUUACAAUGUUCACCUUAAUGUGAAGAAGAAGAAGAAGAAUGAAGAUGAGCAGGGUGAAGGCCUGGGUGGUUUGCCAAAGACUACUCCGUCUAUCAGCUCACUUCUUCUCUUCAACACGUCUGAAAAUCCAUAUAAAAAGUAUGUAAUGUUGGACCCGCUCGGAGUGGUGACAAAGACUAGAACAGCGCUGGAAGAAGAGGAGGCUGGCCUGGCCGAUGCUCCAAGCACAAUUGCCCAGCAAGAGGAGCUUCAACGAAGACAACAAGAAACCUUCUUCUACAUGCCAGAUAUUGGUCAAGUUCCAGAGAUUAUGGUGCCAGACUUUCUGCCAGAUCUCUUGGGUGUUGCAGAUGACUUAUCCUAUAGUGCUGACCAAGGGCCAUCGAUCGCCCCAAGUGUGUUGGGAACAGGCACUAUUCCUGACUUACCCUCAGUGUUACCGGAGACAGAAGAUAUUCCAUCUUUUUCAGCAGGUCUUGGGGCAGAUGUGGGCCCACCUCCACCUGGGCCUCCCCCUCCCCCAGAUGCUCCUCCCCCUCCCUCAGCACCUCCACCCCCACCUCCUCCACCCCCACCCCCACCACCAGAUGCCCCGCCUCCCCCACCACUCCCUUCUAGUGAAGACAGUGAAGUGCCAGCAGAGCCCUCAACUCCAGCCCCUUCUUCAGGGGACGGCCGCUCCGACCUACUGGCCUCGAUCAGGAAUGCAGACAAGGCGACGUUACGCAGUGCCAAGGACAGGAAACUGGAGAGCAAAAAGAAAAAGGAACAAGACAAGAGCGGUGGGGGAAGUGGGGGUGGGGACCUUAUGAGUGACCUGUUUGCCAAGCUCUCCAUGAGACGGAAGGGUAUAUCGGGGACGGGCAAGGGUGGUGGUGGAGGUGGUGGAGGUGGAGCAACUGAUACAUCAGAUGGUCAUGCCACAGGUGGAGGAUCAGCCAUGGACAAGAUUUCCUCUAUGAUUCCUGCACCGCCCAGGCCAGGCGGUGCUGCUGACGAUGCUAAUGACGAGGAGGAAGACUGGGACUAGUGCACAAAACAGUUACAUUGUACAAUAUAUAUAUGUGUGUAAGAUGCAGUUAUCAAAAAGCAUGUUUUAACUAUGAGAAAUGUAUAAAAUAUUUAUCUACACUGUUACUACAUCAUAUGGUAUGACAUCCAUUUUAAUAUUUAUGCAAGUUGCCAAUUAUGAUUCAUAAUGUAUUUCGUUAUCACUUGAUGGUAUGUGAUUUAUUUGUAACAUUACAUGGGAAAUCUUUCAUACACAAAACACAAAACCUGAGACACAUUCAUAAAAAUGUAAACAUUUUAGCUGAUAAUUGUUAGAUAUAGGAAAGGAAGGGUUCUUCUGUCCCUUUCAUUGCUUUUUCAUUAUAGAUAAGACAUUCCAUCCAUGCUAAUGAUGAAUGGUAACACAUUUUUUCCAUCAACAUCAACAGGUAAUCAUAUUUCUGAUCUUUUAUAACAUUCAGUGCCAUGUUUCAUACCUUGGUUAGGAACAAGGAAACAAUUGGAGCAUGUUGGUGACAUGAUGUGGCAAACUAGAAGUAGACUUAGUUUGUAUGGAGUUUAUGAUUCCUGGGUGUGUCGUUAUUGCCUUCAUCCUUUUCACACGGACCACAGUCAUCAAUGAAUAGAUAAUAAAGAAAAGAAGUAAAGUAUGUGUGAAUCUGGACUUUCUAGCCUGAAUUCAGACUCCUGUCCUU